AAGGGUGAAUCACAUGACCGUUGGGACGCUUAGAUAUGAAAGGUAUUCAUUGGAUAUAUUUAGAAUAAAGCUUCGACAUUCAUGAAGCCCAGCUUUUGUUAAAAGUCAUUUCAGAGGCAUGUGGCAUUUCGAAAAACACAGAAUUCACACCAUCAUAAUGAAAGGGAAUCCCAUGAAACAUCUGAAAGAGAGAUUAAGAGUUCAAGAGAAGUUGGAUGAACACAGAGCAAAUGAGGCAAAGAGAUUCAGUCAACUCUCAAAUUUGCCACAGAAAGUCACAAGACAAGAGAAGGCCGAUGGAUACCAUCUCAAGUCUAAGACUACCUUUGAGGUGGGGUAAAGGAUGUGAUAAAUACACAGGACAAGUCAAUGGAAGAUUGGAUGAAGUAGUGAAUAUAUGAGACAAGGAUAUUUACAAUGAAGCCAUUACUACAUGAAGAGGAUCACGAUAACCCCCCCCCUACCCCCAGGUCUGGUUCCCCCUUCUUGUUGCCCCGCGUGGCUUAGUAAGCCGCAUCCGGGGCCGGUAUUCUUCCCUGAAUAGGCUGUUUAAAGCUAAACAGGAAAGGGAACGGAAACGACCAAAACACGGACCAAGCAAAGUCUUAUGAGAUGCUGAGUGCACCGUCUUUAAAAACGCCUGACUCAGUUCUACCGAAUCAUUUUUUAUAUUAAACGAGAAAAUUAGUCAUUUCGACGACGCAAAACUUCGAGAAGGACAAAAAAAGGAGCGAGAAGGAGAAGGGCGCCGAAACCGACUUCAUAUCACAACAACAACACCGUGACGAUGAUACCCGUUAGCCAUUCAGAAGUACCAAGUUUCGGGUUGGACUCAGAAAAUAUGAUUCAGCUAGAUAGAGCUGUUUGCAAGACAAUGUCCCCACUGAUGAAGUACUUGGUCGCGAAAUCUUUAGAGGAAGUUGGAUACCAGGCCAGGAGGGAAGAGAUUCCUGAAAAAUGGAGACAUCUUAAAUGGGAAAAUCCUGGUGAAGAAGAGUUUUAUUUAGUCACUGCAUGCCUUCGACACCAAAACAGAAUGCUCCAAGAAGAUUAUCGCCAAGGAAGAGAGGCUUUCACACGCAAGAAUUUAAUAAAUCUCGCACAACACCUUUGGGAGUAUUUACUUUUAAACAAUUCAACAAGAGUGAGAACAUUUUCAAGUAUGUAUAAUGACAGAGGAUGGACACAGUAUUCAAUGCAACAUGUCACAACGUUUGAGCAACGAGUACAAAUGCUACUGCAAUUCAUUAAGGUGUUCACAUCCAAGUCGAAACCACGGGCCACACAGCUAACAAGAUUCACUAAUAUGGACCUGGAAGAAUUUGGGAUUCUACCUCAACAUACGGAAUCGUUGUAGUAGACUGCUACAUUGGAAUAUUGCAGCAGAUGAAUGUGAAGGGGUGAAAAGAGAGAUUUCAAGUAAUAUGAUUUAUCGUAUGUAAAAAAAAAAUCUUUGUAACCCAUUCUUUACAUCGGAAUAGUCCAUACGAUUUCCCAUUCCAGGGCCGAUUGAUUUUAGACUGGUAACUAAUGUAUAGAACAAGCUGUGCGGUAACAGUUGUAUCGUUGAGGGCAUUUCACAUAGAGUUUUAUAUAUAAAAAAUAAUAGGGCCAAUUAUUUAAAAUGGCAAACAAGUGAAAUGUCCAGACAUUCGUAGAACACUUCGACCGAUAGGUUGAGAACUGCCAACGUUUUUUGGACAAAAGAUGAGGUAGCUGUGACCCCUUAACAUCAAAUUAUCAAAAACUUGUCUUCCACUUCAUCUAUUACCAAAAAGAUAUUCACAUUUCUUACAAGUGUGCUUACAUUUGUGAUUUCAGUUAAUAUGAUAGCAAUUGUUAUAUGCUCUUAGUUCAUUUCAAAAGGAUGGCAUUUAAGAUGUUAGAGGUUUUACAAGUCACCCUAGCAGCAGCCUCACCAUUGUUGGAAAAUGUCCUAAUCUAUUGAAAAAUUUUUAAGUUAAGUAAUAAUCAAAGAAUUUCAAAGCGAAGCCAAUUAUUUUAUUAUCAGAAAAUCAGUUAAGAACAAGUGUGGCUCUCUAUUUUUAUGCUCCUCGUAUAGUUACAUGUAUUUGUCUACAAAGCAAAUAUUUCAUUUUGCUUCAAUCAAUCAAUCAAUACUUUAUUUACCCACGAAGCGUCAAGGAGCUCAUAAAGCUCGUUCAAAAUACGUACGUGCCUCUAAGAUUAAGAAUCUGAAAAAAACCUUAUACAUACUGACAAAACCUAAUUGAUUAGAAAUUAAAAUAACUAACAAUUAAUAUUAAAAUUUAAGUUUGUACAAUAAAAUUCAAAGUCAC